GUCUGUGGCCAGGCUGAGCACCUCCUCAAUGAUCCAGUGUGUGUGUAUGUGAGUGUGUGUGUUGCUGCUAUUGUGCCUGCAUAGCCAGCCACAGCGCCACUCUCCGCAGAGCUGUGAGCCCAGCCUGGUGUGAGGAUGGAUGGUGCCUUCCAGGCUCUGGCACGGUGAGAAGUCCCCUGGAGGGGGCUACACACAGCUUUAGGAACAGGGACUGGAUCUCUCACACACAGGCUGGCUGCCUGCUCCAUCCCUUGUCAUUAGGUGAAUGGGAUAUACAAGGCACAGCUAUUCCAUUGCCAUAGGAACCUGCUAAAGGCUCACCAACCCUGGGAUUAUCCACAGCACCUGGAAUGGCAUCUGUCAGGUUUAUAGAAGAAAUGUAAAUUUUCUCCAAAAUGGAAGGGAGUGAAGAAUGCAGAAGAUAGCAACUGGAGUUCAAGUUCUAGAUGGAUACAGGUCUCAUUCAGAGUCUGUGUUUUAGACCGAUAUGCUGAUACUGAAGGCUUCAAGACCGAGUUGCAAGGUUUAUUUUCUUGGGUUUGAUAAAUGUACUUGUUAACAAUUUCCUGGACUCAGUAAUGUUCAGCGCAGUAUUGUGAUGGAAGAAAACGCACAUCUGUGUGUUUGUUACUCCCAAAUUGUGGAUUAGUUUGCUGUUCAGUCUCCACUCCAAAGGUCAGAAGUAGAUGUGAUGGAUUUAUCUUCAGAAAUGAGCAAACAUGGGAAGAAUCCAAUUAGUCAUAAGCUUGAAGAUCAGAAAAAGAUUUACACAGACUGGGCAAAUCACUACCUAGCAAAGUCUGGUCACAAGAGGCUGAUUAAGGAUUUACAACACGAUAUUGCUGAUGGUGUCCUGCUGGCAGAGAUCAUUCAGAUUAUUGCAAAUGAAAAGGUUGAAGAUAUCAAUGGCUGUCCGAAGAGCCAAUCCCAGAUGACUGAGAAUGUUGAUAUCUGUCUGAGCUUUCUGGCAGCACGAGGAGUUAAUGUGCAAGGCCUCUCAUCUGAAGAAAUAAAGAAUGGAAAUCUGAAAGCCAUCUUAGGACUGUUUUUCAGUCUAUCACGUUUCAAGCAACAGCAGCAUCAACAGCAACAGUAUUAUCAGUCAUUGGUGGAGCUCCAGCAACACGUGUCUCACUCCCCCCCUCCUGCCGAAGGCAGUCAGCCCAAAACGCAACAAGAUAUGCAGUCAAGUCUGGCAGCCAGAUAUGCAACUCAGACUAAUCACAGUGGGAUUGCAACAUGUCAAAAAAAGACUACUAGACUUCCAGGACCUUCCAGGGUGCCAGCUGCAGGCAGCAGUACCAAGGUUCAGGGAACAGCUAAUAUAAAUCGAAGAAGUCAGAGCUUUAACAGCAUUGACAAAAAUAAACCACCUCAUUAUGCAAAUGGCAAUGAAAAAGAAUCACCAAAAGGCCCUCAACUGUCUGCAGGCAUGAAUGGAAAUGUGCAAUAUCCCACUAACUCUGGUCAGCAAGUAGCCUCUGCCAUACCCUCUCCAAGUGCGAGUAAGCCUUGGCGCAGUAAAUCCAUGAAUGUUAAACACAGUGCCACAUCCACCAUGCUGUCUGUUAAACAACCUAGUCCAGCAACUUCUCCUACCCCAUCUCCAGAUAGAGUAAAACCACCGUUGUCUGAGGGAAUUAAAAGUACCGCCUCUGGGCAAAAAUCAAUGCUUGAAAAAUUUAAAUUGGUGAACACUAGGGUUGGUUUGAGGUCUCCGUCUUCACCAUCAAGUGAAGUCAUUAUUGAGGAUGACUACUUAUCUGAAUGUGGAGAAAAUGAUGUGGGUUGCACAUUAAGUAGUCCUAAAAUAUCACCAAAAUUGACACCUCCAAAGGCUGGAAGCAAAAAUAUCAGCAAUAAAAAGGGGUUGCCUCAACCAAAGGAAAAGGAAGAGAAGAACAAGGACAAAAAUAAAUCAAACACUGAGAAACCAGCUAAAGAGGAAAAGGAACAGACAUCGGAAGGAUCAAAAAAAAGCUCCAAAAUUGCAAGCUUAAUUCCAAAGGGAAAUAAGUCAGCUGCAGUUAAAAAGGAAAGUUCAAUUCCUUCAUCGAGUGGAAUCCCUAAACCCGGAUCAAAAACGCCAGCAACAAAACAAUCUACAUCCCCUGUUUCUGCAACUGUAAAAGAGCCAGAAAAAAGCAGGACUACCAAAGGCAGUCAAACUGUAUGCACACAAAAACCCACCACCAGUGAAAAGGUAUCUACCCCCACUGAAGGAAAGGUCUGUUCUGCUUCCACUACACAGACUACAACAACAUAUCCCCCUGGUGCCGGUGUCCAGUUUACAGGAAAUGGGAUUGUGCAACUUCCUCAGCAGCAGUACACACACCCAAAUACUGCAACUGUGGCACCAUUUAUAUACAGAGCCCACUCAGAAAAUGAGACCACUUUACCACCUGCUGAUUCCUGCACUAGCCCAACGAAAAGUGAAUCAUACAGUAAGACAGCCAAACAGUGCCUGGAGGAGAUUUCUGAGAGCAGGAGUUCACUGCCCAUGCCUGGAAUCCAAAGGCAGGACUUUACUGAAAAUGUUGGGAGAUAUGCUGUGAUUCCAGGACACAGUCAUCACAGGAAAACUACCUGCAAAAACGCGAAUGUCCGAACAAAUCCAGGACAGUUGGCAAGUGAAGAUCCAGAAGCCCGGAGAAUGAGAACAGUAAAGAAUAUAGCAGAUCUUAGGCAAAAUCUAGAAGAAACCAUGUCAAGUUUACGGGGGACUCAAAUAAGUCACAGCACACUAGAGACAACAUUUGAUAGUACAGUAACGACCGAAGUAAGUGGAAGAAGUUUGCCAAGUUUGCCAAAUAGAUCAUCUACAGUUACAUGGAGACUUGGACAAGCUAGCCCAAGGCUUCAAGCUGGUGAUGCCCCCUCCUUUGUUGGUGCUUUCCCUCGAAGUAACGCUGGGCGCCUUAUCCAUACUGACCCAUCACGGUUCAUGUAUACCACACCUCUUCGACGUGCUGCUGUUUCUCGCCUUGCAAACCUAUCACAAGUGGAGAUUUGUGAGAAGGGAAAUCAUGAUCUGGACAUGUCCUCAGAACUAGAUGUAGGAGGCUAUAUGAGUGAUGGUGACAUACUUGGAAAAAGCAUGAGAGCUGAUGACAUAAACAGUGGGUAUUUGACAGAUGGUGGACUUAACCUGUACACCAGAAGUCUUAACCGGAUACCAGAUCUUGCAAUGUCUCGUGAUAUCAUUCACCGAGGAGUGCAUGAUGUUGCUGUAGAUGCUGACAGAGCCUGCAUGGGUUAUAGGGGCUGUCGGAGUACUUGUGAAGAGCAGGAAAGUUGGGAUGACAGCAGUUCUGCCAGCAGUGGCCUUAGUGACACACUUGACAACCUCAGCACAGAUGACCUAAAUACUUCCUCUCAUGGUUCAUAUUCCAAUACUGACUCUCCUAGGAAAACCAAUCAAGCAAACCUAAAAACAGAUGCUGAAAAACGUUCCUUGACUGGAAUAGAAUCCUGGUCUAAUGAAGAGUUAAAAAAACAAGAUGAUGAGUAUGACCUUGGCACAGAGUCUGGCAAAUGGAAAGGACAUUCAUCUGGGUUAUCUGAGGAUUCUGAUAAAGGAAGUCAGAAAUCACAUUCUAUCUCCCAGACUGGGUCAUGGAGACGUGGUAUGACUGCUCAAAUUGGCACAACGUCAUCAAGACACAAAUCAGGAAACAGCACUCUAAAAACACCAGGUAAAACAGAUGAUGUUAAAGCAUCAGAGAAAGUCAAAACACCACUUAAAGGUGGACCACUCCAGCGUUCACCCUCUGAUGCAGGAAAAAGCAGCGGUGAUGAAGGAAAAAAGCCACCUUCAGGAAUUGCAAGACCAGCAGCCACUGGCUCAUUUGGCUUUAAGAAAGCUGGGGUAGGCUCACAAAACAUAACCGGAGGAGGUGCAACACUAGCUAGUGGAUCUGCAACGCUUGGAAAAAUGCCUAAAUCAGCAGCAAUUGUAGGAAAAGGGGCUGGCAGGAAAACUAGUCUUGAUGGCUCCCAAAAUCAAGAUGAUGGAGUUCUACUGGCUAAUUCAAAAGCUACCCUUCAAUAUCGUAGUUUACCUCGCCCUUCUAAAUCUAGUACAAGUGGUAUCCCAGGUAGGGGUGGACAUAGAUCCAGCACUAGUAGUAUUGACUCCAAUGUAAGCAGCAAAUCAGCAGGUGCAGCAGGCACCAAACUUAGAGAACCCUCAAAAAUGGCCUCAGAGCGUUCAAGUCCGGUCACCAUCAACCAAACUGACAAAGAAAAGGAGAAAGUGUCCGAUUCUGAAAGUGUUUCCUUGUCAGGCUCUGCCAAAUCAAGCCCGACAUCAACCAGUGCCUGUGGUGCUCAAAGCUUGAGGCAACCAGGAUCAAAAUAUCCUGACAUCGCUUCACCAACAUUCCGGAGGUUGUUUGGUGCAAAAGCAGGGAGCAAACCUUCCUCUUCUGCAAGCAAUGAUGGUGUGAAGUCUUCUUCUGUGAUUUCUAGCCCCAGCAGUACAUCCCUGGCUAGACAGGGCAGCUUGGAUUCCCCUUCAUCCGGUACAGGUAGCAUGGGCAGUGCUGGUGGACAAAGUGGAGGCAGCAGCCCCUUGUUCAGCAAACCCAAUGAAUUAACUCCUGAUGUCAUAAGCCUAGGACAUUCAUUGGCCUCAAGUCCAGCAUCAGUUCACUCAUUUACUUCAGGCGGCCAAGUGUGGACAACAAAUUUGAGCAGCUCCUCUGCUGGAAGUAAGGAUACCCCAAGUUACCAGUCUAUGACAAGCCUUCAUACCAGCUCAGAGUCCAUUGAUUUACCCCUAAGUCAUCAUAGUUCCUUAUCUGGAUUGACUGCAAGUACACAGGAACUUCAAAGUAUGCUGAUGAGAACUGGGAGUGUUAGAUCAACCCUGUCUGAGAGGGGUUUUCUUUAUCUUAACAGUAUGCAACUUUAUCGAAACACCCUGCCCAAAAAGGGACUAAGGUAUACACCGUCGUCUCGACAGGCCAGUCAAGAAGAGGGAAAAGAAUGGCUGCGUUCUCAUUCAACAGGAGGACUACAAGAUACUGGAAAUCAAUCUCCUAUUGUCUCCCCAUCAGGCUUGUCCUCAUCCACUAGUGGGAAAUACCAUUACUCAAAUUUAGUGAGCCCUACUAGUUUAUCCCAGUUUACAAUUCCUGGACCAAACAUGAUGCGAUCCAAUAGCAUUCCAGCCCAAGAUGCUUCCUUUGAAUUAUAUGAAGAUUCACAGCUAGGAGGAAGUGCUACCUCAUUGGAGGAGAGACCAAGAGCUAUCAGUCACUCAGGGUCCUUCCGAGACAGCAUGGAAGAAGUUCAUGGAUCUUCCUUAUCAUUGGUUUCCAGCACAUCAUCUCUCUACUCCACUGCUGAAGAAAAGGCCCAUUCAGAGACCGAACAUACAGUGCCUGACCCGUCUGCAAUCCAUUUCAUUCCACCCAAGCAGAUACAAAAGCUGCGACGGGAGCUGGUUGCUUCACAGGAAAAAGUUGCAACGCUGACAUCUCAGUUGUCUGCAAAUUCUCAUUUAGUGGCGGCUUUUGAAAAGAGCUUAGGAAAUAUGACUGGACGACUCCAAAGCCUGACAAUGACAGCUGAACAAAAGGAGUCAGAGCUCAUUGAGCUUCGAGAGACAAUAGGGAUGCUGAAGACUCAGAAUGCUGCAGCGCAGGCUGCAAUCCAAGGAGCAUUGAAUGGUUCUGAUCACAAUCAUAGAGAUAUAAAGAUCAAAAGACAACAUUCCUCUGAAAGUGUUUCCAGUAUCAACAGUGCUGCAAGUCAUUCUAGCAUUGGUAGUGUUAAUGAUGCUGAUUCUAAAAAAAAGAAGAAGAAAAAUUGGGUGAACUUCAGUAAAAGUGAGCUGAGAAGUUCUUUCAAACAAGCCUUUGGCAAGAAAAAAUCCAACAAACCUCCAUCUUCCCACUCCGAUAUUGAAGAACUUACAGAUUCAUCUGUCCCUUCCUCCCCAAAACUGCAGCAUUCGUCAGAGGACUCAAGUUUCUGUGUCAUGCUACAGUCACAGUCCAACUCUGAGUCCUCUUUAGCCUGGGUACCAAAGAAACGGCAAAAUGGCCGGGUGACCUACAAGCAUAGAUCUCGGCUCUGUGAAUGCACUGAAGCAGAAGCUGAAAUAAUCCUGCAGCUAAAGGGUGAACUUCGAGAAAAAGAGUUGAAACUGACAGACAUCCGCCUGGAGGCUCUUAGCUCUGCACAUCACCUUGACCAAAUCAGAGAAGCAAUGAACCGCAUGCAGAAUGAAAUUGAAAUACUGAAAGCUGAGAAUGACCGGCUUAAAUCUGAAACUACCCCGGGAAAAACAAAUCGGCCUUCCUCUGAAUCAUCAAGUUGCACCUCAUCCUCUUCACGUCAAUCACUAGGCCUUUCUUUAAAUAAUCUGAAUAUAACAGAGACCAUAGCUACAGAUAUUUUACUGGAUGAUGUUAGGGAUGGAACUUGCCACAAGGAUGGGUGCAGUGUUAAAAUCAUGGUCUGUGUUAAUAAGGGAUAUGGAAGGACCAAGGAUGCCAAAAGUCACCAGUAUUUAAUAGGAUCCAUUGGAGUCAGUGGAAAGACCAAAUGGGAUGUUUUAGAUGCAGUUAUUAGACGGCUAUUUAAGGAAUACAUUUAUCGUGUUGAUCCAGCAUCUAAUCUAGGCUUGACAUCAGAUGCCAUUGCAAACUACAGUAUUGGUGAAUUAGUUAGAGCAAACAGUACAGAAGUGCCUGAAAUGUUACCUUGUGGAUACCUAGUAGGAGAAAAUAAUAUCAUCACUGUGAACCUUAAAGGUGUAGAAGAAAGUAGCCUGGAUAGUUUAGUGUUUGAUACCCUCAUUCCUAAACCAAUUACUCAGCGCUACUUUAAUUUAUUGAUGGAACAUCACAGGAUUAUAUUAUCCGGGCCCAGCGGAACAGGAAAGACAUAUCUAGCAAACAAACUUGCUGAAUAUGUUGUAAAUAAAAGUGGCAGAAAGAAAAUUGAGGAAGCAAUUGCAACCUUUAAUGUGGAUCACAAAUCAAGUAAAGAACUGCGACAGUAUCUUGCUAAGCUUGCAGACCAGUGCAGUGGUGAUAAUGAUACUGACCUUCCACUGGUAGUAAUUCUAGAUAAUCUUCAUCAUAUAGGAUCCCUGAGUGACAUCUUUAAUGGAUUUCUAAACUGUAAAUACAGUAAAUGUCCCUACAUAAUUGGAACAAUGAAUCAGAGCAUUUCCUCAUCACCAAAUUUAGAACUGCAUCAUAAUUUCAGAUGGGUGCUAUGUGCAAACCAUACAGACCCAGUAAAGGGUUUUCUUGGAAGAUACUUAAGGCGAAAAUUAAUUGAAAUGGAAAUAGAGAAAAAUAUGAGGAACAAUGAUCUCAUAAAGAUAAUUGAAUGGAUUCCUAAAGGAUGGCACCAUGUCAAUGGAUUUCUGGAGACACAUAGUUCCUCAGAUGUCACUAUUGGUCCACGCCUUUUCCUUUCGUGUCCAAUGGAUGUGGAUGGGUCUAAAAUAUGGUUUACAGAUCUUUGGAACUAUUCAGUAAUUCCCUAUCUCCUAGAAGCCAUAAGAGAAGGACUCCAGAUGUAUGGUAAACAAGCUCCUUGGGAAGACCCAACAAAAUGGAUAAAGGACACGUUCCCUUGGAAUACCGCUUCAUCUCAACGUGAAUGUCCUGCCUUACUUCAGUUGCGGCCAGAAGAUGUAGGGUAUGAUGGAUAUGCCACUGCCAAAGAAGUAUCAACAUCCAAAAAUGUACCAGAAAAUGACAAAGAUGGUGACCCCUUGAUGAAUAUGCUAAUGCGGCUUCAAGAAGCAGCCAAUUUUUCAAGUGGACAAAGCUGUGACAGCGAUGGCACGAGUCACCAUGACGAAGUUUUGGAACCAUCGCUCGAAUCAACUCUCUAAGGAUUCAUCCAUGGAUGUUAUAUUGUUAUUAUAGUUGAAAGGUUUUGUCCAAUAGAUCACUGCCAUUACUGAAGCAGCACAAUGCAACACCCGUACCAGGUAAAUGUGCUGGUAGGCAGGUGACUUGGUUCAUAAAAGAAGUCAGGUGAAAAAUUGAAGUGGAAAGCUUGAAUUGGUUUAAUCUCAAUGCAUUUAAUAUGAAUGGAGUAGAGUGUAUCUCCAUUAGUCAACUGGAAAGAGCCCUGGAUAGAGGGCAAACAAGCAGAUUGCACAUUUGCUAGCCAAACUGGAAUUGUUUUAUGUUCUAAAAGGUUUACAGCACAGAUGCGUAUGUAUAAUGUAUGUUCUUGUUUUUUUUACAUUCUGUACUAAUUGUGCUGUGUUUUAGUCCACUUCAAAUCUCUGAUGUAAGACAUUGUGCUGGUCACGUGACUACAUUAAUGAGAUUGUUGUGUAAAGUGCUGCCUCCGAUCUGAAUAAUGGUCUUUAGUUCAAACUAAAAGCACAAAAAUGUAUUUGUGCAUCUACCAGAAAAUCUACUGUGAUAAACUGGAUAAGUGCCAAUUGUAAAUCUGAACUGCCAUGCUCAGACUUCUGAACUCAGCAGUGUUGAAUCACUUGUUUAUAAUUGUCCUUAUUGCCAAUCGGUUGUUUUUCUAAUCACCUACGGGCCGCUUAAACAAUUUUAUAAAAACGAUUAUGGCUUCCCUGUGUUUAUGUGAGUCUUGCUGGUGAAGGAAGGAGUAAAUAAGAAUAGAAAAGUCUUAUGGUGCCAUCUCACUGCCUUAAAAGUAUCUCUUGAUAGUCUUACAGUUAGAGUACAAACACAACUUAUGUCUCCUUUCUCAUAACUACUAUGUAAUUUCUCACUCAGUACAGUGCUCUAAUCUUUUAUUUUAUAAAGAUUGUGAUCAAUGAAAAUCAAACAGACAAUUAAUUUAUGUAUAAAUUGUUUUAAUUUCUGAGAAAAAGGUCAACAAUGACGUGUACCAUGACAUCAAAACUCAAACAGGUGGUUGGAAGUAUUUUUUUUUCUUUUGCUUGCAUUCUUGCAAAGGAAAUAUUUUGAUAGAUUUUCCAGCAGUGCUGGGAACACUUGACAAAAAAUGAGCACAAAUGUUUUAUAUUUAAUUUCUCCCUUUCCCCUUCUUAUAGACUUAGGCAUAUAUUGAUUUAUUAUGUUGUAAAUGGAGCUCUCAGUGUUGAAUAAGACUGAGGCAGUGUAGAGUUUUUAAUAUAAAUGGGUUGGUUUUGCACAGUCUAAUUGGGUGGGUCUUGUAUAUAGGAACCAUAACAAAAAUGCCUUGCACCAUUAAAAAAGAGAAGAAAAAAAAAGAAAAAAAAAAUCCAACAAAACACAUUUGUAUUUUAACUUGUUGGUGUGUGUUUCACAACAUAUUCCAUAAAUUUUUAACGGCUCCAGAAUUCAAAAUCUCAUACUGUUUUCCUGGUGUGUUUGUUAUGUGCUUACACUUAUUAGGAUUAUGAAGGAGAUCCAGUUCUACAGUCAUGUUUCUAAAAACCAUAUACAUUGAGCCAGUACAUUUUGUGAUAAUGUCAGAAUGUAUUUCAUGUGACCUGAUUGAUUAUUGAAAGGAGACCACGAAUGAACCAACAAAGUCAAUCAUUGAUUAAAAACACAAUGAUAAUAAUAACAACAUUAAUAAUAAUUGAAGGGCUGUGGCAUUGUGUAGACCUUGUAAACCAGAUGCUACCUUCAACAUCAAUUACUGGUGCUACAAACAAGUCUUGGCCAAAACCUUGGUCAUUUGCUUAAAUCCUUAUACAGGAAUGAUGCUAUACAGUGCUAUUUUUAAGACCAGGUUUCCCUACACGGUGCUAUUGCCCAAAUGCAAAUCUUAAUCAGCUGGUGCAUGUAUAAAUUUCAUUCAGAGUAGGUCAUAUAGAUUUUAAUUUCUAAAGAAUACCUUCAUGGUAAUGUAUUUAAUGGGCAUCAGUGAAGUAGGAUAGGUGAGCAAAGUAAGUAAAAUACACUCCCUCCUAUGUCCCCAUUUUUUUUUGUUCCAUUCUAAGUAACAUCCAGGUCAUGUGGCCUGCACUUCAGUCUCUUUGUACAUAGGGGAUCCACAUAGACUUCUGUGGGACUGAUACUAAACAGAAAGCAUAUAUAUGAGCAAACCACAGGUCCUAAAUGCUCUUUAAACCAGGACAUUCAAGCACAUACUGUAAUAGGGGAGUGCAAUUUUCACAGUACACUAGCCACCUACUACACUUGAUAUAUUACCAUGGUGCUAACUUUAGAAGCAGACAAAAAUAUGCAUUAAAGGAGAAUUUCAAUUAAGACCAAAAUCAUCAGUAAGUCUAUGCAAUGUCAGAUUCUGACUACAAAUUUUCUCAUUUACAAUGUGAGCUACAUAAAUUUACCAAACAGAUGUUUAAAAGUCCAGCUUCUCUGUUUCCUAGCUUUUAUUCUCAUUGCAAUUAAUCAAUUUGUCUUGCCCAAAGUGCACAGCCAGCAAUGGGUAUAGAAGACAACACAAAUACCUUUGUGCUGUAAGAAAGCCAUUAAAGUUACAGUAUGUGGAAAUAUAUCUAAAGUGGAAAAUAAACUUUUGCUGCAUAAAAAAACAUAUAAAAACCUGUUCUUGCUUAGUUACUGAUUUGUGUGUUUUGCCUGCAGUUCUCCUUUAACUUCAGACUUUUUGUGUAUCAUUUAUAUUUGGUCUGAGUAAGAUUGCACAUAUUCUUCUGACAUGCACACCAGAUAUAAGCAUAUAGAACUUCCUACAACACAUCUCAGUGAGUGCAUGUAGUUUACAACAAAGAAACAAAUUGUGAAACAUUUGUCAGUAUACAUUUUAUAUUUUGUACAUUUUUGAUGUAACAUAUCAUGUAAAUAGACAGAAGCAGUGAAAUAGAUUCAUCUGGAAAAUUUUGUAGUCUUUGUAAAGCCCUCAAAAUAAGUUUUGGUGUAAUUGAGAUUAAUUGAAUGAUGUAUUUUCUAUAAGUUGAUGGUUCUUCUAGCCUGUAAACCAGCUUGCAUCUAUUUUUUGCAGAUGUGCGCAGUGUAACUGUCUAAAUUAUUACUUUGCCAUUAAAGUGGUAUUAUUUAUUGAA